AGUAUAGACCAUAGAGCGAAGGAAAGGGCGAAGACAUAAUAGAGGGGCAAACCGGGCAAUCGAAAUCCAAAGAGCACGUCAGGAUGUCAAAGUCGAAAGAAGACCGGAGUCGUCUGAGAGAAUCCAUUCCAAUCCAUUCAUUCACAAAUUUAAAUUCAAAGAGUCAGUAGACUAUUCUCUCUCGUAGCAGUAUUUUAAUUUAGCAAAGGAAACAAACCCCCUUCAGCAGUUCACCCUAGUAGAGAUUACAGUGAUUCGAUUCGAUGGGCGGAGAGGAGGGGGCGGAUCAGUUGAUGAAUAACAGAGCCGAUUCCGAUUACAGAAAGGCGAAGACGUCGGUUUGGUGGGAUAUUGAAAAUUGUCAAGUUCCUAAAGGAUGCGAUCCACAUUCAAUUGCACAAAACAUUACUUCUGCACUUAUCAAAUUGGAUUACGGCGGUUCCGUUUCCAUUUCUGCUUACGGCGACACCAACCGUAUUCCUUCUUCCAUUCAACACGCCCUCUCCUCCACCGGCAUCUCCCUCAAUCACGUUCCUGCUGGUGUUAAAGAUGCCAGUGACAAGAAGAUUCUAGUUGAUAUGCUCUUCUGGGCUGUUGACAACCCUGCCCCUGCUAAUUACCUCUUAAUUUCUGGCGAUCGUGAUUUUGCAAAUGCCCUCCACCAGCUGCGUAUGAGAAGAUACAAUAUUCUUCUUGCCCAACCCUUUAAAGCCUCUGCCGCCCUUGUUGCUGCAGCUAAAAGUGUGUGGUUGUGGACUAGUCUGGUAGAUGGUGGCCCUCCUCGUACCGGAAAUGACUCCCCUCCACCCAACAAUGGUAAUUAUGAUUCUACUAAUAACAAUAAUUACUUCAACCCCCAAAUGCCCGAUAAUCACCUUAUUCCCGAACCUGUUCAUUUACAUGCCAAACAUCCCAUUGCUACUUCGAAAUUUGACAACUGUGGGAGAAUUGGGGCAGGAGAUACUAAAUCUAAACCUACGUAUGUCCGCAAGACCUCAAACCAGUCAAGUCUUCAAAAGGCCCCUAGCAUGCCUUCCGGGGUUCUAGAAAGUAAGAAAGUAGACUACCCUUGCCAGUUGGAGCAUACUGAGGCACCAACAGUUAGAAAAGCCCCACAUGAAUUCUUUGGUGCUAACAAGCAUUUUGCCUCUGCAGGUCAGUUUGCUUCCGGCGGCUUCCCUAGCAAUCUUGAAUCUUCUGCUAGGAGUAAGUCUGAUUUCAUCUCAAAUCAACGAGUUCAAUAUCCCUAUCCAUCUAGGCCAAGCAGUGCUCCUAUACAUUCUAAUUCCGCAGCUGGAAAUGCAUAUCCGCCGGCUGCAAGCAACUUCUAUACCCAUCCUUCAAUGUCCAGAUCUGAAGGUCCGCCUAUCUCAUCAGCUCCUUUCACUAGUGCCCCUGAUAUUGGUAAACUAAGCAUAUCUGAACACCCUAAUUAUGCUCGAAAUCCUUCUAGUUUUCCACAGCAAGCUAGGGGAGAGAUUAAGCAUAAAUCGCACAGGUAUUCGAGUUCUGUGAAUCGUAAUCCACCCAACAAAGGCCCUAAUAUGAACGCAAACCACUCCUCUCACCGAAAUGGACAAUUAUCUGUGCCUCCGUCUACUUCUUCAGCCUCGCCAACUGCCAACGUUGUUUCAGGCACAGCAUCACCUCCCUCUGAAUAUGAGCAGGGUCUUGCUGGGGUUAUCUUGCUUGCUUUAGACAGCCUUAGAAAAGAAAAUAUUGCACCCACAGAGGAAAAUAUAACUGAUUGUAUCCGUUUUGGAGAUAAUUCAAAGCACCAUAAUACUGACGUGAGGAAGGCCUUGGACUGUGCCAUUAAACAGAACAUGGUAGAUAAACUACAGCUGGGUCAAGUUCAGCUAUAUGUUAUAAAGAGUCAAGUGGUAUGGAAUUGUAUAAAUCCAAUGAGUGGCUACCUUAACGACUACUCUAAGGAAACAUGGGAUAAAGUUCGGGAGUUUCUUAUUUCUACUAAAGGACGAUCCGCUAUAAUUGCUUCUGUGUGCAGGUAUGAAGCUGCAUUAGUCUUGAAAAAUUCAUGCCUGCAAGAUUUAUCUCUGGGGAAUGUGCUCCAGAUACUGAACAUGUUAAUUACUAAAAAACAGUGGAUCAAACACUCUACACCAGGAUGGCAGCCAAUUACAAUUUCAUUAACCCAGGGUGAUGGUGUGACAACUAAUGAAGCUGGUCCUUGAUUGAAGAUCUAUUAAUAGGCGAUGGAAGGUAGUAUCCAAUUGGUAAUUUUUCUACCACCAUAUUUUCAUUUCUUUCGUUGGUGGACUAGGAAAAAGCCCACUUAGAGGUGCUUUGUAGUUUUUUUAAGGGAACUUGUGUAUGGUUUAAGUUUGCAAGGUUGGGUGGACGAUAUAAGUUUGUUUUGGUUUUAUCUGUGGAAGCUUUUAUCUUCCUGACACAAGGGGAAGAGUACUUGGCAGUUUUCUCAGAGAAUUUAAGUUUCAAAGGUGCGAGAGUGUACCAUUACAUAUAUUUUACUCCUUCAAAGUAGGAGUAUAGGUUCUGGACUUCAAUAUAAGUUAUUGAGGCAUUUAACAUUUGCGUCAGGCGCAUCAACUUAGAGUAUAUAGGAUAUGGACUAUGGAGCCAGCUCUGGAUACCAGGGGAAAGAUCAAGCAAGUAUGAUGGAGACCUGAAGUAAAAACGAAAUUGUUCUUUUAGAUUUUAUAGUAUAAAAAAGGUUUGCUGUUUUUGUUGAUUACAGUACGCUUCUUGCCUUCUUAUGACUGGUUCCCUCUGUGGACUCAUAAAGCUCUGAGGCCAUUUCUGUUGAAGCUUGGGGCAAGGCAGAAGUGUAAGUAAAUGAAGAAGAAAGCUAUAUCUCAACAAUUUUGUGGAUAACCCAAGAUGAUGGACAUGAUUAAAGCUUGGUGGCACUCAUUAAGCACGCUGUUGGUUUUUGUGCAAACUUGUUGCAUAUGCUGUAUUAAAUCUUAGGUAAGGUUAACAUAUUGGCGUUUCAGCUGAAUGUUUUUUUCGCAAGACUUUGUGAAAUCCAUUGUAUCUGUAUCAAUGCUUAAGAUUCCCUUUUUUCUCUUCCUUUUUUUAUGUCAAUGUAUUAUUAAAUGUAAUAGUAUGAUUUUAUGAACAUUGAUCUUGUUACUGGUUUGUGAGCUGAUUGUUGGAUGCUCAGUGUCAGUUCUAGAAGUGUGAUAUUGACCUUGUUUGGCUACAGACUGAUAGACUAAGACUGGUUUUUGUUGGUUGUUUUAAGUUGGCAACGGCAUUGGCUGUUUUUCCUCUUUUUAAAGUUUCUGUUGAAACUAGGCGUUGGACCUUUCAUUGAUGUUAAUGUACUUCCUCCGUUUUUUUUUUUUUUUAGUUGUAACACUUCUCUUUUCACGUUUGCCGAUGCA